GUCUUCUGGAGGAUGGGAAAUCAGCUCAGACAGGGGUAACGGCAGCAGCGGCCACAGCAGGAACGCUGAACACCGAGAAGAGGAACAACUGUGGUGCUCAGUGUGCAAACCCCGUGGUCCAUGGCACAGGAGCUACAGUGCAGAGACAGAACAUCUUCAGGACAGCAGAGGGUAAAUGGGACACACAGAAAAUGUCCACAAAAGAAGCCACCAUUAAUGUUGCAAAAAGCAUCAGACAAAGUGACAGAAGGAAAGCAAAGAAUUGCAUCAAUUAA